UACACUUCCUAGUUACGUUGUCGCUUGGCUUCCUUUGCCUGUCAGCUGUGAUGUCUACAACAACAAUAACUACUGGGGAGGUAAUUGUACUGUAGUCACCGAGCCAAGUCACUGAGGAAAGAGGGAAGACGUGAAGAAACCGUUGUGUAUCUCAGAUGAAAAGGAGAGACUGGUGAUUCACAAUGGAGGAUUUCAGGCGGACGUACCUGCGUUUGUGUAAGGAGGGAGGUGUGGAGCCUCAGGAGAGCAUUGUGGCUCAGCUCCAGGAGAGCAGGGCGGCUCAGGGCUCCAGACUGGACCUGAGGGGACAGAGCCUGUCUGUAGAUACCUGCUCUGUGCUGGCCAGAAGCUUCCAAAAAGAUACCGCCUUUACAGAGGUGCUACUUAGUGACUGCAUGCUCAGCGAGGAAGGUGCCAAAGUACUUCUGACUGGACUGUUCGGCAACACAACUGUGAAAGUCCUGGAUCUGAAGGGGAAUAACCUGAGAUCUACAGGAGCUGAGGUGUUGGGAAAGCUGUUGGCACGUAACAAGACUCUGCAGAGGCUAGUGUUGGAGUGGAACGCUUUGGGAGUGUGGGAUGAAGCCUUCUUACUCUUUUGUGAGGGACUGGCCUCCAACACUGUGCUGACACAGCUGGACCUACGCAACAAUCAGAUCAACCACCACGGAGCGUCUGAGCUGGCACUGGCACUUAAACGCAACGCCACUUUGCAAGUGCUAGAUCUGAGGUGGAACAACAUUGGUCUGCUGGGUGGCAGGUCCCUGCUGGAGGCUCUUCAGAAGAACAAGAGCAUAGUGAAGCUGGAGAUGGCAGGGAACAACAUACCUAGUGACACACUCAAAGCACUUGAGCAGACCACCGGGCACAACUCAGACAUACAGUCCACCCUGAGAGAGAGCCGCAGCAGGACUCAGGUCCUUAGCAAGGAGAUCCAGACGCUAAAGGAGGAGAAGGGCCGGCAGUUUCUAACCUUGAUGGAAACCAUAGACAGGCAGAGGGAGGAGAUGGGACGCUCCAGCGGGUCCACCUCCAUUCAGAUAGGCCAACUUCAGGAAGCUCUCAAUGAGAGGAAGUCAGCUGUCAACUCUCUCACUGCCAAACUACAGAUGACAGAGGCUGCCCUGGCCCUCUCUGAGCAGAAAAACAACAACCUGGGAGAGUUGCUGACACGAGUGAAGGCUGAGAAAGAAGAACAGAGGGAACGACAGAGCAGAGAGAGGAAGAAGGAGCAAGAGGAAAGCGCACACAGAGAGGGCAGACUCCUCCGAGAGAUCCAAAACCUGACAGAAACCAACAGCCAACUUGUGACUAAAUUGGAGGAGAUGGAGCGCAGGUGUAAGUCUCAGCAGCAGCAGAUCUUUGAGCUGAAGCAGGAGCUGACCAACAGCACGGCAGAGCUCAAGCUGCAGCUAGCACAGGCUGAAGACCGUCUGGAAAUAGAGAAGCGAAGGUCCAAGCAGGCUCUGCAGGACAUGGACAGUCUCCGCCUGAAGGAGGUGGAGCAUGUUAAUCGACAUCUAGAAGAGAGUGAGAGGGCUCUGCAGGAGCGCAUCUUCAAGCUGGAGGGACAGCGGAUACAACUGGAGGAGGAGCUGAGUAAAGCCAAAGCAGCGUGUGUGACAGAGAGGGCCCAGGCAGAGGAGGAGAUGGGAAGAGUGCGAGCUCAAGUGCGUCAGGAGGAGCAGGAGCACGUGUCAUCCUUGGAGGAGAAGCUUCGCUCUGUGCGUACCUGCCUACAGGAGGUCCAGUUCCAUUGCUCCCAGCAGAAACAAACCAUCUCUGAGCUGCAGGCCAAGAACAGCCAGCAGAGCAUCGAGAUCAACGGAAUGAGGCGUAGGACGGAGGAACUCCAGCAGGAGCUGUCGGCUAAGGACCAGGAGAAGGUGGCUGAAAUAAGCAGGGUUAGGGUGGAGCUGCAGGAGCAGAUCGGACAUUUACAGGCAGAGAGAACAGCACAGGGAGGACUCAAAGAGAAGAUCAGUGCUCUGGAGAGAGAGAUUAAAGUACUUAGCAGUAACCACAGGGAGGUGCUCCUCGACAAAGAGAGUGAGAUGUCUUCCAUGCUGGAGAAGCUGCGGCUGAAGGAGGCGGAGAUCCAGAGGAUGAGGGAAGACGAAGCCAACAGAGCCAGCUACCUGCAGAGCGCCAUCCUCACCUACGUUCAGGGCUCACCUCUGGGACACUACAGUAGCCCCAAAAAAUGACCCAGAGACCUCAACCCCUCAGCUGUAACAUCUGAGCCCUAGUUUCUUAACAGGUAAGGACAGUCUGAGGAAUAAAAAAAGAAUCAUGAUUGUCUGGACUUGAAACAUUUGGAAAAGACAGCAAAUCAGGAGCGUAAGGGGAGAUCAUCUGUGCUGGCCAAUAUGACUGUGAGCUGUAAUCCUACCUAACACAAUGUGCAGAUCCAUUUAACAAAUGAAGGGCUUAAAAAGACUUAAAAAAAACAUCUGUGACAUUUGCUGGAUAUCCAUGGUCCCCAGAUGACAAAUAUUACAUGCAAGAUAUAUUUUUAUGCUUUUUUUAAUCUUUAGAUAAAUUCAACACGUGAAUGCUCUUGAGAUGAACGACUCUUUCGUCUAUCUCCACCCACAAGGCACAAUUCACAUUUUUACACCCACUUCUAAUAAAGUAAUGAACACCAAAGCCACUGGGGUUGCUACCACUGUGCUGGAUAUCUACCUGUUAUUUGUUUUGUUUGUUUUUAACCAAAUGUUUGCCAGCUAGAUGAGAUUAUUACUAGGUAUUGAAAAAAUAUGUUUAUCUAUUCAAAAUGUCAAGUGUCAGUUUUAAGUUACUCGUUCAUAGAGUGAUGGUCCAAAGUCGGUAUUAUUUUGAGAUGUAUAUUAUUUCUUCCGUCUUAGAUGAAGUAGCAACACAGUACUCUAAGGGUAAAAACACAAUCAGGGAACUAAGCUCUUCUUGCUCAGCGCCUCAAAAUGUCUCCAAGUGUAAGAAGUGCUAUUGUAUUUUCAUAAUGGCCUGUCUUAUCUUAAAGGGUGACUUAAAUAUUUUUUAACCUGGACUCUAUUUUCCCAUGUUUUUGUGUCUAAGUGACUGAUGGAGACCACAAUUUCUAAAAUUCGACCAGUGUUGAGUGUGAGCUCUGCAGCCAGCAGCAGUGACACAGGCUGCAAUGUAACCACUCAGGGCAUUUGGCACAGUCAAUUUAUGUCCACUAAAAGCGCUUGUUUUUUUCACUGACAUGCUCAGAUGGUUAUUUUAAGUGUCUGACAACAUUAUGGAAAGGAUGCCUACAGAGACAGACCUUUUUAUAAAGAGUAAGAUCAUAUUUGUAUAUCCGCAAAUAGUUCUGAAAUCUCUAUCGCCAGUUCCACCAGACUCUAUUUCAAUAAACAGUAAUUUUGUUAUUGUAAGGGGCUGCACAUAUUUUUGUGCCCUCAUAUCCAUUGUUUUCAGUGUAGACGUGUGGCAGGCGCACUCAAAAGCCAGAGGGAUGCCAGAGCAACGCGCACACGUUCCCGAGUGCCUUUUUUUCAGGGUGUGAUGGCCCACUUUGAGAUAACCAGGGUUCAACUUUUGGAACGCGGCAGCGUGCACGUCAUGUAACGAGGAACAACCACUCACAGCCAACAGAUAUCUUUCCCUACUUCCAUAAAUAUCAGUCUGUGGUAAAUAUGGAGAGGAAAUUGAUCAUUUUAGUGUAGGAAUACCCAGAGCUUUAUGUCAGUCCCACAGACAAUAUUUUAGGCCUGCACACUUUAAAAACAGUGCCUGAACUUAGGAUUUCAUGUAUAUAGGCUAUGAUACGGUGCUUGUUAUGGUUGCUUAGCAGCUUCAAAUGCAACCUGUCUCCAUGCCCUUGAAAGCUGGCACAGAAAGGAACAUGAGUUGCACAUAGCACCCGACUUCACGUUUUCCAGGUGGUUAAAGACACGGCAUGUGUAUGGCCCCUUAAACUCACUUCAUUCAAAAUCAACAGAGGCCAAAUAAAGCCAUUUUGGUUCAUCCUUCCACUGUUCCAACAAUCACCAGCUCUGGUUUGGUAAAAUAAACCCUGAAUUCACUCAGUUAGAAGUGACAAUAUGCUGGCUCUAUACACGUUAGAUUACUGCUUAUUCAAAUGGAGUCUGGUGGGUUUGGCAAUGACGACCUCUGGGCUAUUUCUGGUUAAACAAAAAGGAUCUUUCUCUUUCACAAAAAGUCUUUCUCUGAAGGGAUCCUAUCAAUAAUGUUGUCAGACACUAAAAAUAAUAAUCUGAGCCUGUCAGUGGCAAAAACAAGUACUUUUAGUGGACAUAAAUUGAUGGAGUGCAAAACUCCCCAAAGGAUUCUAUGGCUGCCUGUUUUUAUUAUUAACAGCUGCAGCGCUUUCACUUGAUACUGGACCACUUUCAAAACUUGUUGUUCCCAUUAGUGACUUGGACACAAAAACAUGGGAAAAUAGAGUCCAAGUUAAAAAAAAUACUGAAAUUACCAUUUAAAAAAUAUUUGACUUGGUAUGAGACUGAACUGCUGUUGAAAGGACAUUUAAUUUGCUGUGACCACAGCCCUGUCUUAAUGCAUCACACAACCUUGGAUCACUGCAGAAGAAUCUCCACUCUCAUGUCUUUAGCCCCCCACUCUAAUUGAGAUGUCCUGUGCACUAAUUAAACUGUCAUCACUUGUAUCUGUUUUGCUGUCCAGCCCAUUCUAGCAUUAUUGGUGUUUACAUGCAAAAUGAAAUUUUUAUUCAAAUAUGCCUUAAUAUUUGUAUCUGUCAAACCAGAUGGCUGCCUCUCUCCAGCUCAGACACAGAGAGCAGAAAACUGACUCACCAAAUAAUCUCUGCUGUUUUUACAAAUUCAGUCCAAAUUAAGCUCUGGAUGCAGUCUUUUAUAUAGAAAUUGCUGUUUUAUAUCUUGAUACUGUUUCAGAUAUGUCAUGGAUAUUUAUCAUUUUAUAUUUUCAGGUGUUUUUACCAGUUUGCUCUGUUCUUGAUUGUGCUUUUUGUAUCAAUUAAAAAGUCAUUUCUGAAAUAAAUGUCCCACAAUUUUUCGUAAUGUGUGGAUGAUUUAGCAGUUGA